AUGGUGCCACGCGUCGGGUUGUCCGUCUCUGUGAGUGACUGCAACACAUCUUGGGAAGGGCAUCAACACGCGGCCCUGGAAACACUCACACCCACGGCCUCACGGGACUACCAUCAGCAUGAUCAGUGCGUGGGGGGAGACUCGUGGUGUGCGGGCAUCACCAUCGCUAGUGUGGGCCGCGUGUUGACGCCCUUCCCAAGAUGUGUUGCAGUCACUCACAGAGACGGACAACCCGACGCGUGGCACCAUUCACAGUGCCGUAAGGGAGUCGGCAUUGGGGAGGCGAGGGAUAGUGGUGAAUCCUUAAUGGCACCAAGAAAGCAGUUCUCUAGUACGGGAAUGACGAGAGAUUUGUAUAGCGUGGCCAUUGGAAGAGUUUUUUUUGUGUCCAGAAACCCUGACUGUCAGAAAGAGGAGAAGAGUGUACAGACAGAAGAUUCUAGUGAGAAGACCGAGAAAAGUAUUCAGACCGAAGGGAACUCCAAGGAAGUGAAGAGCAGCCAGAUUGAAGAGGACGUUGUGGGACCCCAGCCCAGCAGACAAGAGGAAGGACCAAGACAGCAGCACACCAUGAAAAUGAGGAAAAAGAAGGCUCCCAUCAGAAUUAUUGGAGACAGCAUGGUGAAGACGAUGUCCAGCCAAGUGAAGUGCAGGAUGAGAGGGAGUGGCUGUACCAGCCUGAGUGGUGCCAAGAUCACGGACAUCAGGAAGAAAGUAGAGGAAGAAGCAGCCAGCAUGGAGGACGGGAUGCUGAUCAUCCAAGGAGGUGGAAACGGCCUAGAAUAUGUUGGUGAAGAUGAGACGGUGAGGAAUGUUGUGGAUGCAGUGAGGAGUGUGGAAGACAAGGGCAUGAGUGUGGCCGUCGUGGGUGUCAUGCAGAGACCCAGGGAAGGCCCGUUCUACGAGCGUCUGAGAAGAUUCACCAACAGAAGACUGCAAGAGGAGCUGCUGAAAAUAAAGAUAGAGUGGAUGAAGGAGAAAAAAGGCAAGCUGAGCUUCAUCGACAUGGACGGCGUGGUAGACCGGUUCAGCUUGUAUGAGAAGGACGGCGUGCACCUGAACGACGCAGGGACUGCCAGGAUGGGUCGACGGGUGUGUGAGUGGGUGAGGGCGAGGUCGCUGCAGCUGAUGGACCAGUGACGGGAGACGACAAAAGCACGCCAGGAAGAAGACACCAGCCAGAUAGUGAAUGAGCUAAACAUCGACCAUGUUACCUCCUCGGCUUACCACCCCAAUCCCAA